AUGAGUCCAAAAAGUGAUUUGGUCGGUGAUCCUUCUUCAAUUAGUUUGAAAAAAACGAAGAAUUCAAGUGUAACUCAAAAACCGAUUACAGCAGGAGAAUUGAAUGAUCCAUUUCAAGUACAAAAGAAGAAUAUUCGUACAGCUGCGCUCAUUGUUUGCACAUUUACAUAUUUAAUUAUAGGAGCCUGUGUCUUUGAUGCGCUUGAAGAUGCGCCAUCUAUAGAUCGGCAGCGUCGUUUCGAACUGAAAUUUGCGAAAUUUAAACUUGAUCAUAAUAUGACGAAUGAAACAUUUCGUCAACUAUCUGAUUUAAUAAUGAAUAAAACUAUCGUCCGUCAUAAAUGGCAAUUUUACGAUAGUUUUUAUUUUUCAACAGUAGUUUUAGCAUUAAUUGGUUAUGGUCAUCGAAUAUUAAUAACAACACGUGCAAAAGUUUUUUGUGUUUUCUAUGCUAUGUUAGGCAUACCUAUGUGGUUAAUAACAUUUCAAUCUGCAGGUGAAAGACUUAAUUCUUUACUAAGUUAUAUGCUUUCAAGAAUUAAACAAUCAUUGCAUACGAAGCAAGCAAGAACUACCGAGGGAGAACUGCUCAUUAUGGAAUCUUUAUUAUCUAUUGUUAUACUUUUAAUUGGUGCAUGUAUUUUUUCUAAAUAUGAAAAUUGGUCAUUUUUCGAUUCGUUUUAUUACGGUUUUAUAACAUUGACAACUAUUGGUUUUGGUGAUUAUGUUGUUUUACAAAAACCUGGCCAAGAUAGAACAUUUAUUCAUCAUGCAGAAUAUUUUUUCUUUUGUAUGAUAUUUAUAUUUCUUGGUUUAACUGUUGUUGCAUCAUUAAUGAAUUUACUCGUUAUACGUAUUGUUGCAUUUUAUUCUCAAGAACGUUUACUUGAAAAACUUCGAGAAGAAGAAGCAGCUAGUCAAGCGGUUUUUCUUAGAGGUGAUGUUAUUUGCUCAACAAAUACUAAUAAACAAAGAUCAAACACACCACCAAUUACAUCCGAAGGAGCGACAAAUCAACAGCAACAUCAAUACCAUCAUCAAUCCUUGAUAAAUACAAGUCAAACAUCUGUAUGUUCUUGUACUUGUAUGGAAACAUUUAAUGAAUGGCGAGAGAUCAAAAGAAAACGUGCCCGAUGGAAAAGACAACAGAAUAAAGGAAAAAAUAAAGUAAUAAAAACAUCUGAUUCCAUUGAAUCUCUUAAAGUUAUUCUUUCAAUAAGACGAAAUUCAGUGUAA